CAGUGGCAUUUGCAGUCGUCGUCCAGGCAACUUUACUCAAUCAAAUCAAACGGCAGCUGCUGCAAAAAGGGGAAUUUUUAAAUUGCGUACAAGAAAGAUGUUUUGGGGACUUAGCUCUGCGUUGGACUUAUAUCAGGAAUAUCUGAAAGCAUUCAAGCUGUCAGAUGAGCCUGCAGCAACUGAAGCUCCCGCUGAGCUCAACAUACUGCUCUGCGGCGCUGCUGACCCGCGACAUGUAAUCAAAACGCUGGCCAAGCGUUAUACACAUGGCAGUGCGCCCAAAUUGAAUAUCUAUAUGCUGGAUGCCUGUGUGGAGAUUGUGGCCAGAAAUAUGCUGCUGCUGGGCCUGGCGCUGGAGCCAGCCGAAUCCUUUAGCCUGUUAUGCAAGGCGCAUCUGUUUAUGGACAUUUAUGGCAACACGCUGCUGCGUCCCAGCUCACACUACUACAUGGCCACCAAGGGACGCACACUGCUCAACAUCGUGUGUGAUGAGGACAAGCGUCAGCAGCUGGCGCCCAUGCUAGACAUACAAGGACUUAAGUAUAAGGAGCGCGAUGGCCUGGAGACGGCCUUCAGCUACUGGCAGCCGCAGAAGCAGAUCUAUGAUAUCAAGAGUUACUGGGAGCAGCGUGUGCGCGCCUUGCUGGGCACACGCUUCGAUCAUCGCGAGGGCGCCUUUGACUGGGAUCUCAGCAUGACGCUGAAGAACCGCGAGGCGCAGCAGAUUUGCUCGCAGGAGUAUCGCUACUGGCGUGAGUGUGGUGUGGCCUUUGUCUUUCCGGAAUAUGAGCACUGCAAGCCAAACAAAACACUUGCCGCUGGCCUGGUGCCAAAUGGACGCAGCUAUGUGCAUCGCGGCUAUGUGGGUGACAUACAAACGGGACCGUUCUGUGGGUUUGGGCUGCGCAGCUCGGAGGAGCGCAUGCACAAUUGUGUGCAUGGUGAGAAUGAUUAUCGCGCAACAGAUGUCACCGAGCGCAAUCUGCUCGAGCUGUUCCAUGAGCUGCACACCCAGACUCCCUACGAGCAUGACAAGUCCAUUUCGCGUCGCUAUGGCUGCACCAAGCUGCUCAUGACGCCGCUGCUGACCUACAACGAAAGCGAUGUGCAUGACAAACAGCAGCGAUAUGAUCAACCCUGGAUUACAUUCCCACACAUACAGCUGCACUUUCUGUCCUCCGUAGAAAUGUAUGAGCUGAAGAAGGGUGCACAACGCUGGCAGAAUUUCUUCGACAUUGCCUUUAUGGGCUACAACUAUUUUUCAUUUCUCAGCAAAGAGUUCUUUGGCAUAAUGCGCUUACGUUCACUGUUUCUGCUGGAGACUAAGCUGCUGACUGUGGAGCGCAACGAACAGGUAAAAAAAUUUGAAGAAGCUGCCAAAAAGCUGCUAAAGGACGCCGGCUUGCGUCCUUGCAUUAACUAUCAAGCCAUCAAUGGCAAAUUUAUGCACUUGAAGUAUAAGAAGCCAGCAGCUGGCAAAGAGCUGGAGGAAGACGAGUUUGAAGAGGAGCAGUCAAUAGAGCCCAAAGAUGAUGAGGAAAAGCUGCAUGAUGAAGCUGAAGUAGCAGCCGACUCUGCAGCCGAAAAUGAGCAGCAAAAACAGGAGGCGCCAGCAACUGUAAAACUUAAAGAUGAAUCUGAUAAAGUUGAUGAGCAGCAUCACAAGCAUGAAGAGCCAGCAACUGUAAAACUUCAAGAUGAAUCUAAUGAAGUUGAUGAGCAGCAGCUGCAAGUACUGACCUUAGAUGAGCAGUCAUUAUAGUUUAACAAAUACUUAACUUUAUUGCAAUCUUAUUAACGUAAUAAAGGUUACC